CGGCAGACCCCGCCAUAUCAUGCACGUGUCGCGCGCCUUUCCAGUUGCGCCGCUCUGCAGGCAGAGCCCAGACGGCUCUCUCGUCGCUAGCCUCAACGCGUCCACCGUGACCGUGAUAUCAACACAGUCGCUGCGCACCAAAAACACCAUCCAGCUACCUGCAAGUCUUUCCAAGCCAUUCUCCAGUUUCGCUUGGUCGCCCUCAUCGAAAUACCUCCUCGUGGCCGGCCCUGAGCAGAUUUACGUCUUCUCCGCGCUCGAUGCUUCCUUCAAAGCCGCCAUUGAUAGUCCCGGUCUCGGACCCGGUAAGGCGCCGCUUGUGAAAUUCGGGGCGCGCGAUAGCGAGGUCAUUGCUUGCUCUGCAGUGGGCCUCAAACUCUCUAUAUACGACUUAUCCUCGUCCAGAGCCGUCGAUGUGGCAAACCCCAAGUUUCAUCACCCAGGCACAGCUUCCAAAACAUUCGCUAUUCGCCCAAAGACAGGCGACCUCGUCAUAUUAUCUCGCACAGCGGGCAAAGAUGUCAUAAGUAUCCAUGAUCCGGUGACGCGCGAGGUCCAGCGCUCUUGGAACGCAGACUCGGUCGACGCGCAGGGCGUGCUCUGGACACCUAAUGGCGAGUGGCUCUUACUCUGGGAGUCUGCAGCCCACGGGCACAAGUUAUGGGUCUACACGCCAGAUGGCGAACUAUUCCAGGAUUUAGACGCUGGUGUUCUCUCACAACCAGAGAAUCUCGACCUUGCACCGGGCAUCAGACUCUGUCAACCUAGCCCGCUGUCCGAUCUCUGCGCCAUAGCAGACUACUCAACGACCAUCAACAUCAUCAGCACUGCAAAAUGGCGGCGUGAAAUAGCACUCACACAUCCGUCUACCAUUGAGCCCACGGAUUCUCUCCAAGUCUGGCAGGAACAGCUUGGCGUAUCUCCAGAUGGCCAGCCAACAUGCACAUUUGUCCGCGCGACACAAGCCAUCUCGCCAGGUGGUCUUGCAGAUAGCAAGGCAUACUCAGCGGCCGCGGCAGAACUCAAGACUGGAUGCGUUUCUGCAUUAUUCGAUGUUUCUUCUUCACUUCUCGCCACAAAACUGGAGGAUGCACCGAGCACUCUCUGGAUAUGGGACCUCUCAACUGCUGAGCUCCGCGCCGUGUUAGUCUUCCACUCACCCGUCACUUUCUCAUGGCAUCAUUCGUCGCGCGAGUUGCUUUUGAUCUCCUGCCAAGACGACACACGGCCCGGAGUCUCUUAUCUGUGGGAUCCUUUGUCACAGGGGCCUUCGACACUGCUGGCGGACGACUACUUGCUUCGCAAAAAGCCGUCCACAACGCCUGUCAAGCCACAAAUAACAUGGCUCAACUUGAAAGACCAAGAUCCUAUUCUGUUUCUUUCCAAUGAUCAAAAUGGGCGACUAUUGAGUUUACUAGAUGAUGAUAAGGAAAUGAGCCUGUGGAAGGACGACGAUGGUGAAGAUCAGUCCACUGUGGACGACACCUUUGCCUUCAAAAUUACAUAGUUGAUCUAAUAUCUACGAAGGAUCACCAAGAAUCUA